ACAAACUGACAUCCUUAUUCAUAAACCGGCUUCCAUUCACAUCUCUGACGUUCAUCUUCCUCAGACCUCUGACGAAAACUGGUCCUUUAUAAGACAAGGUAAAAAAUACGCACGGUCUGAGCUGAUUACACUGUGUGCCGAGCUUCUGCCACAGGAAACACCACGGUUUUCGUUUUUGGAUAUCUAAUCUUCAGCAUUUUGCAACUACUGUUUGUAAGUGUCCGGCAUCGAUCCAAGAAACAUUUACAAAGGUCUAAAUGAAACCCGGAUCCCCCGCACUCACUGACUGAUCUCGGCAGUAGAAGAUGGCUAUCCACGUGGAAGGACUGGUGGCGAUCGUUAUCUUCUAUCUGCUGAUAUUGUUUGUUGGAAUAUGGGCAGCGUGGAAAAACAAAAACUCGGGAGUCGAGGAGGGUACAGAUCGAAGUGAAACUAUAAUGGUCGGCGGGAGAGAUAUAGGUUUAUUUGUUGGCGGAUUUACCAUGACCGCAACUUGGGUUGGCGGUGGCUACAUCAAUGGAACCGCCGAAAACGUCUAUUUACCGGGGUAUGGGUUGGCGUGGGCGCAAGCUCCAUUCGGAUACGCGCUGAGUUUGGUAGUAGGUGGUCUGUUUUUCGCCAAACCCAUGCGCUCCAGAGGUUACGUCACCAUGCUUGACCCCUUCCAGCAGCUCUAUGGGAAAAGAAUGGGUGGUCUCCUCUUCAUCCCAGCUCUCAUGGGAGAGAUCUUCUGGUCAGCAGCUAUUUUAUCUGCUCUGGGGGCCACUUUGAGUGUAAUUGUGGACAUUAACAUCAACAUGUCGGUGAUCAUUUCGGCACUUAUUGCCAUUUUCUACACCCUUGUGGGAGGGCUGUACUCAGUGGCAUACACGGAUGUAGUCCAGCUCUUCUGUAUCUUUUUGGGACUGUGGGUGAGUGUGCCUUUUGCACUGUCUAACCCAGCUGUGUCUGACAUCGGAGUCACAGCUGUGAAGGAGAUCUAUCAGACACCCUGGCUGGGAAACAUUAAGUCCUCAGACAUAUGGAUGUGGCUGGACAACUUCUGCCUUCUGAUGUUGGGGGGGAUUCCCUGGCAGGUCUAUUUUCAACGGGUUCUUUCUGCCUCUUCAGCUACCUACGCCCAAGUCCUCUCCUUCUUGGCCGCGUUCGGCUGCCUGGUCAUGGCCGUGCCCUCGGUCCUGAUAGGAGCCGUAGGGGCUUCCACAGCCUGGAACCAGACCUCCUAUGGGCCAAUACCGCCCAUGAAGAAGGAUGAAUCAGACAUGAUUCUACCCAUUGUGCUCCAACAUCUGUGCCCGCCCUACAUUUCCUUCUUUGGCCUGGGGGCAGUGUCCGCAGCAGUGAUGUCAUCAGCUGACUCGUCCAUCCUCUCUGCCAGCUCCAUGUUUGCCAGAAACAUUUACCAGCUCGCCUUCCGCCAGUCGGCUUCAGACCGUGAGAUCGUCUGGGUGAUGCGGGUCACUAUCUUCGUGUUCGGUGCCCUGGCCAUGGCGAUGGCACUGCUCACAGGCACAGUCUAUGGCCUGUGGUACCUGAGCUCUGACCUGGUGUACGUCAUCAUCUUCCCCCAGCUCAUCAGCGUGCUCUUUGUCAAGGGCACCAACACCUAUGGCUCAGUGGCUGGCUACAUCUUUGGCCUGCUCCUCCGCAUCGGUGGCGGGGAACCCUACCUCAAGCUUCCCCCAUUCAUCUACUACCCUGGCUGGACCCGUGAGAAGAAGGUUCACCAGCUCACGAAGAAGGUGGAGUACUUCAUCUUGCAGAGGUUCCCCUUCAAGACUGUGUCCAUGCUCGCGUCUUUUGUGAGCAACGUGGCGUUCUCCCACCUGGCCAAGUACCUCUUUGAGAGCGGGACACUGUCACCGAAGUAUGACUUCCUGGACUCUGUCAUCUCGAAGCACAGCCAGGAGAUUAUGGACAAGACCACGCUGGUGAGCAAUGACAACAUUAUCCUGUCAGAGCUGGCCCCGGUCAAACCGCGGCUCAGCACCACGCUGGCGGGAACAUUCACGAACAAAGAGGCUCUCAGCGAUGGGGAAUCAAGCCCUGACUCCUCCAACAAUGAAAAUGAGUAGAUAACCUCCCCUGGGUUUUAGCCGGGCCUGUUGGAAUCAGAUACCGGAGUGGCGACUCUGUUCAGCGUGUUUAAAUAAGAUCAAUGACGUUUCAGUGAAAUAAAUAUACACACCAUUUUUUAUUUUAUUUUUGUCUUCGGAUUUUCCGUUUUAAUUGCUGCUAUACUAAGUCAUUUGUAAACAAAUGUAGUAACGGAAGGCAAGUAGGUGGUAAUAAUGAGAACCACAAAAUCAAAUGGAAAUCACUUGAGGGGGAUCGCUGUGAGAAUAGUGCAAUAAGAACAAGUUUAAGACGUCCAUUUUGAUGUCUGGGAGGAAUAACAUCAAGUGGGUAUGUAUGAAGCUUGCUUUGAUUCCUUCUAUCAAAGAUUCUGCCUGAAAGAAAUAGGAAAAUAACAUUAAAAAG